UCUUACGUUCAAAAAAAAAGUUUGCAACUCCUAAAAAGAGUUGAAGAAAGAAAAGUUAGGCCGCUUGGCUGAGACUGACACCGGGACCCACGCAACGAAAGAGAAGCGACCGAGCCAGCACCAACCGACCCCUACCCCCGAAAUCUGCCCGCGACGGCGGCUCCCUCCGAACUCGCCGGCCACCGCCGUGCCGAACUUCGAAGAGGGGUGUCGCCCCUGUCCCACGCGCCCCGUUGCCGAGCAGCGAGCUACCCUCGUGCCCCCACCCGCCGCCGCCGUUGGAGCGUCUGGCCGCGAGGCCGUGGAGACGUGCGCCCGGCUCCCUUCUUCGGCGUCGCGCGUGGGGUGCGGCGCGUAGCUCGUUGAGGCGGAACAAGAAGAGGGCCGGUGGGAGAGACCGGGAUCCGGGUUUGCCGGCGAGGUGGCGAUCUCCACAGAGAUCGGAUCCAUGGGCUCAUCCUCCCAGCACGAUUCGAUCUCUGCACCAGCAGGAGGUUUGGAGGGUGUCCACAGCAGAAGCAGCAGCAAGUGGGCCAAAUUGAUGAGCACCGAGUCGUGGAGAUGGUGUUUGGGGUUGAUUUACAUCGUUGCUGUUGCGAGCAUAUGGAUUGCCGCUAGCUACAUCGUGCAAUCUGUGGUGGAUGGUGGUGUUUCCCCGUUCUUGAUUACAUACAUAUGCAAUUCUCUGUUUGUUAUUUACAUUCCCAUAGUCGAGGUUGCUCGGUACUUCGAGGAUUCAAUCAAUAACUUUUGGACAAAGUUGAAAUUCAAGGAUGCUGCAAGCCUACAGCAGUCCGCUGAUCUGGAAAGUGUGAAUCUUCUCCAGAGUGGCGGGCACGAGAUUAAUGCAACAUCGGAGCACUCACUAACAAGGUUGCCUCAAGACACUUUGGCUCCAGAUGCAAACUUCCCAGGCCAGUCGGAGCUAAGUGUUGCAGAUUGUAGCAAAGGCUUGGAUGCAAAAGGACGCUGGACGCGUGCUCGUGUGGCCAGAGUUAGCAUGGUAGUCUGCCCUUUCUGGUUUCUUGCACAGCUUACAUUCAACCUGUCUCUAAGAUACACCACCGUUACAUCAAACACGAUUUUGAGCAGCACAUCAAGCCUCUUCACUUUCUUGGUUGCAUUAGUAUUUCUCGGAGAAACAUUCACAUGGGUGAAGCUAAUCAGUGUGCUUCUCUGCAUGGGAGGUACAAUAAUUGUCAGCCUGGCUGAUUCGAGUAGUACAGUUAAUGCUAUUGCCACAAAUCCUCUUCUUGGAGACUUCUUUUCUAUUGUUUCUGCUGGCUUAUAUGCUGUGUAUAUCACCUUGAUACGGAAAAAGUUGCCCGAUGAGAAAGAGGGCCAAGGGCAAGUGAGUAUGGCUCAGUUUCUGGGAUUCCUGGGACUGUUUAAUAUGUUAUUUUUCCUUCCUGUUGCAUUGGUGUUGAAUUUUGCCAAGCUGGAGCCAUUCCACAAGCUGACAUGGGAACAAGUUGGUCUUAUUGUCGGAAAAGGUUUGUUAGACAAUGUUUUAAGCGACUACUUAUGGGCAAAAGCAAUCCUUCUCACAACAACUACAGUCGCCACAGCUGGUCUCACAAUUCAAGUUCCAAUUGCUGCCAUAGUGGACACCCUCACUGGUCAUGCUCCUCAUCUGUUGAACUAUAUCGGAGCUGCCGCUGUAUUGGUCGGUUUUGCUGGUAUCAACAUCCCAUCUGAGUCUUCACAGGCUGCUCAGCAAGAGCAGGAAGCUCCUAUUGUUAGCAUGGUUGAUGAUCCGCUUCAUUUGCCCAGUAGUAGAAAUGCUACUGAUGCUAUCUCAUAGUAGCAACCUGGCCUGUUUGUUCAUAAUUCUUGUCACACCGAGUCACCGAUGAGUGAUCAAACAUUAUGUAUGGGUUGGACAGACCAGCAUACAGUCACUGUAAUUUUCCCUUGAGCCAUGACUCCAGGACAGAAGAGAUGGACAUGGAUUGAAGUUAGACUUAGUUUGUUCAGAACUUUGAGCAACGAGCGUUUUGCGCUUCGUAUUUGUCUUGUACUUAUUUACCUUACAUCUGUACAACCAACCCAGUCUGAUUGGGGAGAAGAAAGUCCAUUUGUAAUUUUUGGUAGGCGUUGUGCGUUUUUAGAAUGGUAUACGUAGCUAAAAUUUGUUGUACAUGAUGAACCGAUGUUAUUUGUUAUGGCAAUGGUAACUGAACCUAUGAUGUACGGUA